UUCGUUAAGUUCCGCCGCCACUUCGGCAACUUCCGCCGCUUCGGUCGGAAAUGGCCGAAGACGUGCGAGACCCAGCGGUUUAAGGGGAGAAGACCGGCCGGCUUCUCGGAAUAAACCAACUGUGUCCGGCCCGUGGGGGGGGGAGCAGGGGAGGGCGGACGGAGCGGGAAGACGAGGCAGCGGCUAUGGCUCCCCCCCCAGCCACUCGCGGCUCCGCCGGGAGGGCGAAGUGAGGGCGCCGAGAGGCUCCAGACAGAUGAGUAGAGAGCUGGCUGCAGAAGAGGGACAGAUUCCAGUCUGCCAGCUGCUCACCGUGUACAGAGGGAAACCCUUGAGAUCAGCACUGGGAGAAAGAAGAGAGGUGGAGAAGGAGUGGGACAGGUCUGAGCCAAGGUGCUGAGGGACAGCAGAAAAAUCUGUUGCUGCUUUGAAAAGUGAUAUUUUGGAUGCCUUUCUGCUCCCUGCUGGUUCGUAUUGUCCCCACAAAAGGGAAGUUCCCUGUCACUUCAGCAUCUCCUGGAGUAAAAACCCUCCCCAGGAAUGGCAGAGCUUCACCCUCCCAGCAGCGAUGAGAGAGACUGACAGCGCUACGAGUCCCUCCUGGCUCCGUCUGCACAGCGGCUGCUGCCUCUGCAUAUUCAUCGGAUGGUAAUGCAGGAUGUCGGCGGCAGCGGUGGAGUUUGGCUCUGUCCCACUGCGUUUUUCUUCUGCCGGUUGCGACUCUGAAUCACCAUGACAACGCCGUGACACUUCCAGCAAAGGUUGCCCGCGGACCAAGGGUGGGCUGGGGGUGGGCGAGAAGGUCAAUGAUCGAGUCUAACGGGAUCAGAAGUUGCGCCUGCAGCAAAACGACCGUGGAAGAGCCGCCGGCACGGCAAGAAGAUGAAAUUCCCCUUCCAUUGGCUUCUUGUUGAGCAGGCACAAUAACAUUUCCCUUCGAGAGACUCGCUGUAAAAACUCUUUUGGUUAUGGCUACUGAUCCAACGUGAUUGCGCGCGCGGCGGCUUCGGAACUCAUGACUGGCUAUACGAUGUUGCGCAAUGGGGGAGUGGGGAACGGAGGCCAGCCGUGGGUGUUGAGGUGGUCCAGUCGGAUCCGGCUCACCUGGCUUAGCUUCACCCUCUUCGUCAUCCUCGUUUUCUUCCCCCUCAUUGCCCACUACUACCUGACCACCAUCGACGACGCGGACGAUGCCGGCAAGCGCAUCUUCGGGCCCCGCACCGGCAACGAGCUGUGCGAGGUGAAGCACGUGCAGGACCUGUGCCGCAUCCGCGAGUCGGUCAGCGAGGAGCUGCUCCAGCUCGAGGCCAAGCGGCAGGAGCUCAACAGCGAGAUCGCCAAGCUCAACUUGAAGAUCGAGGCCUGCAAGAAGAGCAUUGAGAAUGCCAAGCAGGACCUGCUGCAGCUGAAGAACGUCAUCAGUCAGACUGAGCAUUCCUACAAAGAGCUGAUGGCCCAGAACCAGCCCAAGCUCUCCUUGCCCAUCCGUCUGCUGCCAGACAAGGACGACGCGACCUUCCCCCUGCCAAAAUCCAACAGGAACUGCAGGCUGCACAACUGCUUUGACUACUCGCGCUGCCCGCUGACGUCUGGCUUUCCAGUCUAUGUCUACAACAGUGACGAUUACCCUUUUGGUAGUUCCUUAGACCCUUUAAUUAAACAGGCCUUUGAGGCGACUGUCAGAACUAAUGUUUAUGUUACUGAAAAUGCAAAUAUUGCUUGUGUGUAUAUAAUUUUAGUGGGGGAAAUGCAAGAGCCCGUAAUGCCAAAACCUACUGAACUAGAGCAACAGUUGCACUCUUUGCCAUAUUGGAGGACUGAUGGACACAACCAUCUCAUCAUCAAUCUAUCGAGGAAGUCGGAAACUCAGAACUUCAUUUACAACAUCAGCACGGGGCGCGCCAUGAUCGCCCAGUCCACCUUUUACGACGCCCAGUAUCGACCGGGCUUUGACAUCGUGGUAUCACCUCUGGUCCACGCCAUGUCCGAGCCCAACUUCCUGGAGAUCCCGCCCCAGGUGCCGGUCAAGCGUAAGUACCUGUUCAGUUUCCAGGGGGAGAAGAUCGAGUCCCUCCGCUCCAGCUUGCAGGAGGUUCGCUCUUUCGAGGAGGAGAUCGAAGGCAACGCCCCGGCCGACUACGACGACCGGAUCAUCACCACCUUGAAGGCUGUUCAGGACAGCAAGCUGGACUUUGUUCUGGUGGAGUUCACGUGUAAGAACCAGCCUAAGGCGAGUCUGCCCACUGAGUGGGCUCUGUGUGGAGAAAGGGAAGACAGACUAGAGCUACUGAAGCUUUCUACUUUUGCACUGAUCAUCACCCCCGGGGACACCCGUUUAGUGAUCUCCGCCGGGUGCACCAUGAGACUGUUUGAGGCUCUGGAAGUCGGGGCCAUCCCGGUGGUUCUCGGAGAGCAGGUUCAGCUACCCUACAACGAUGUGAUCCGGUGGAACGAGGCAGCCUUAAUUAUACCAAAGCCACGUAUCACAGAAGUGCACUUUCUUCUGAGAAGCAUUUCUGACAACGAUCUCCUUGCCAUGAGGAGGCAGGGCCGCUUCUUGUGGGAGACCUACUUCUCCACCUCCGACAACGUCUUCAGCACAGUCUUAGCUAUCAUAAGGACUCGAAUCCAAAUCCCGGCUGCUCCAAUCCGAGAAGAACCCGCCGUGGAGAUCCCCCACCGCUCUGGCAAAGCUGCUGGCACAGACCCCAAUAUGGCAGACAAUGGUGACCUGGACUUGGGGCCCGUGGAAACGGAGCCACCCUACGCCUCUCCCAAAUAUCUCCGCAAUUUCACCCUCACCGCGAUGGAUAUCUACAGGAAUUGGAAUUCUGCCCCGGGGCCUUUCCACCUCUUCCCCUACACUCCCUUUGACCCCGUUUUACCAUCAGAAGCAAAAUUUUUGGGGUCUGGGACUGGUUUUCGACCAAUUGGUGGAGGAGCAGGUGGCUCUGGGAAGGAGUUCCAGGCUGCUUUGGGUGGCAACGUCCCGCGGGAGCAGUUCACGGUGGUGAUGUUGACUUACGAGCGGGAGGAAGUGUUGAUGAACUCCCUAGAGAGGCUCAAUGGUCUCCCCUACUUAAAUAAAGUUGUGGUGGUGUGGAACUCCCCCAAGCUUCCCUCCGAGGAUCUCCUGUGGCCGGACAUUGGCGUCCCAAUCAUGGUGGUGCGCACGGAGAAGAACAGCCUGAACAACAGGUUCCUGCCCUGGGACGAGAUCGAGACCGAGGCCAUCCUGUCCAUCGACGACGACGCCCACCUGCGCCACGACGAGAUCAUGUUCGGCUUCCGGGUGUGGAGGGAGGCCAGGGAUCGCAUCGUGGGCUUCCCCGGCCGCUACCACGCCUGGGACAUCCCCCACCAGUCCUGGCUCUACAACUCCAACUACUCCUGCGAGCUCUCCAUGGUGCUCACUGGUGCUGCCUUCUUCCACAAGUACUACGCCUACCUGUACUCGUACGUGAUGCCCCAGGCCAUCCGCGACAUGGUGGACGAGUACAUCAACUGCGAGGACAUCGCCAUGAACUUCCUGGUGUCCCACCUGACCAGGAAACCUCCCAUCAAGGUGACCUCCCGCUGGACCUUCCGCUGCCCCGGCUGCCCCCAGGCGCUUUCCCACGACGAUUCCCACUUCCACGAGCGCCACAAGUGCAUCAACUUCUUCGUCAAGGUGUACGGGUACAUGCCCCUGCUCUACACCCAGUUCCGCGUCGACUCGGUCCUCUUCAAGACCCGCCUGCCCCACGACAAGACCAAAUGCUUCAAGUUCAUCUAGAGAUGGCAGCAGCUGGGCCCGGCAGCUCCCGGCUGCGGCCGGGGGCCGGAGAGGCCGGCACGGGGCUGGGAUGCAAAAGGCUGUGGCAAACGGGCUGGUCUGGACUGGGACGGGCUCUUCCCUCUUCCCGGACAGGGAAUGGGAUGCCAAGGCUCCUGUGAGGACACACCCAUGGAUCGUACACUGAGGAAUGGCUCGCUGGCCACUGGCUCUGCCCCUCCGCUAGCCAUGGCGGCCGUUCUUUUUAAUUAUAAUUAUUGUUAUUUAAAAUGAAAGUGUUUUAGAUUUGCCA